AGGCGUCGCAGCCAAAGCACGGCUGUGGAUCCCGGCAUGCUGUCAACCUAAUGCAACUACGCAAACACUUUAAAGCCCAUUUGGAAGGCUAUAGGCAUUUGAAUAAAACUAAUGUUUUUUGUUUUCCGAUUUUUUAUUAAACUCAAUCUGGAAUAUAGGAACUGAAAUGGCAAUCGGCUCCGAAAAUCCGUUCGGCUCUUUCGUUAUGUCCGCGAUUCCGCUCUCCUGAGGCUGGCGGUGAGGGGGUGUGUUGCCCUAAAAACAGCAAUAUGCGAGUGGCUAGUUGUUGUUUUUUCUAACACAGAGGCCGAUUUUUAAGGAUUUGAUACAUCUGAAGCUCCCAUUAAUCUGCAGAGUGCCCGAACCCACCCGCCCGGUCCGGAGGGAAGGACGCGGCCAUGGCAGCUCCGGGAACCAUGCAGCUCAGAAAACAGGGAGGCUUGGUCUACAUGCAGUGCUGUGCCCAGGAGGACGUGGGCGUACAGAAGCCCCGCCAGGGCUCCGUCUUCCACUCAUCGUGUGGUCCAAGGGAGGCGUGGCCUGCUGAUGCCAUCGUCAAGCAGUCAAACCCUCGCACUUUUCCACAGUCUUCCAAUGUGCACCUGCCCUACGGAUACAGGAGUCCCGAGUCAGUGGAGAUGGAUGAGAUCAUGGCCGCAAUGGUCCUCACCAGUCUGUCCUGCAGUCCUGCGUUCCAGAGCCCCCCUCAGAGAGACCCCCUGCCAGACAUGGAGUGUGGUGGAGGAGAGCUCUCGGACAGCAGCAGCAGCGGCUACUGGAGCUGGGACCGCAGCAGUGUGAGCCCCGCCCCCUCGCCGUCCGUCACCGAGACGGACAGUGGCAUGGGCCAACCCGUGGAUGACAUUUUGCAUAUGGAACUGGAGCCACGGGCGUGUGAAGAGCCUGAGAUUAGGAGGUGUAAGAGCUUGAGCAGGGCGGCAUAUCGGUGUUUGUGGCCAGGCUGUGGCAAAGUGCUGACGUCACGGAUCGGCAUGAAACACCACAUCGGCGUCUUCCACCUUCGCAGUGGCACAGAACAGUCCCACAGAGAGGAAGACUUCUAUUACACCGAAGUCUCUUCAGAAGAGGAGGAGCCAGCGCCUCCUUCUCCCGCACCCUCGUUCCCCAUUGGUCACUGGUCCCCCUGCAACUCAACCCACAGCCAGUCCACUCAUGGGCCUGGAGAAGCCCCGCCCACAUCCAGAGCUCUCAGCUGCUCUGCCCCCAGCAGCGUGUGGCAGAUUCACACUGAACAUCUCUAUCAGGCCUGCGCACCCAUUGAGGUGGUCGUGUCCCCUGACUCCCCGCCCUCGUGUGACUGGAUGCCCCCUGGUGGCCACGCCCUGCAACCUCAGAUCGCCAUGUCCCGCAGCCGUUCGGUCAGCGUGGGGGAGCAGUGGUUGCAGCGCAACAGCGCCCCCACCAGGUCACAGACCAUAAGUGCGUCACCAUCCAGAGGCCACUGCUCAUUCCGGAAGGGCCGAGGCGAGGCCAAAAAGUGCCGUAAGGUGUAUGGCGUGGAGCGCAGAGGUCAGUGGUGCACGGCCUGCCGCUGGAAGAAAGCCUGUCAGCGCUUCCCUGACUAGAUAAAACACCACAAAAUGACUUGAGGAAGCCAGAGAGAAUUUUCCUCUCUCCCUCUCUCUCCUUCUCUCUCUUUCUCUCUCUCUCUCUCUCCUUCCCUCUCUCCCUCUCCCUCUCUCUCUCUCUCCCUCCCUCUCUCCCUCCCUCUAUCUUCCCUAUCCUCUGACUAUUUCUGGCACUGGAGAGGAUUGUGAGAAACGUUCCUUCCUUUUCACUUUUGUACCUGUUUUUUGCUUUUCCUAGGAAAACCUUUUUUGUUAUCUUUCCCUUCAAAGUGAGCGCCGGUGUAAGCUGUUGAGACCUGACGAGACUCUGUGACAUGGUAGUGUCCUGACGAGACUGUGUGACAUGGUAGGGUCCUAAAGACGCUGUGUGACCUGGUAGUGUCCUGAAGACGCUGUGUGACCUAGUAGUGUCAUUACGACGCUGUGUGACGCGGUAGGAUCCUGAUGAAUCUGUGUGACAUGGUAGUGUCCUGAUGAGGCUGUGUGACAUGGUAGUGUCCUGGUGAGGCUGUGUGACAUGGUAGUGUCCUGACGAGACUGUUUGACGUGGUAGUGUCCUGAUGAAUCUGUGUGACAUGGUAGUGUCCUGACGAGACUGUUUGACGUGGUAGUGUCCUGACGAGACUGUUUGACGUGGUUGUGUACUGAUGAAUCUGUGACGUGGUAGUGUCCUGACGAGACUGUGUGACAUGGUAGUGUCCUGACGAGACUGUUUGACGUGGUAGUGUCCUGAUGAAACUGUGUGAUGUGGUAGGGUCCUGACGAGACUGUUUGACAUGGUAGUGUCCUGACCCCACACAUUUCCUUUUUCCUUUGAUAAGACAAAAUAAGUGUCACCCCAUAAUGGGAUUAUUUUCACUGGGUCCUGAGACCCCAGAGAAUAUCGACGUGAUUGUUGAGUUUGGUACAUGGUGAACAUCUGAAUAUUUGUAUUGGUUUUCUAUUGCUGUUUUCUCAGUCUGAAAGGUGUACUAGCGUGAUGUCAUUUUAUGUGUAUUUACUCAGAUUUACGAGUUCAGUCAAAUUUAGUUGUUUUUUUUUUUGUUUUUUUUUUACGUGUUUAUGCGCUUCCUAAUCAAACCGAACUGCCAGAUAUAAAGCUAUAUUGUUGCUGAAUGGCGUGUGCAACUAGUGUCAGACGUCUCAAGGUUCAGAGAAUGAUGUAUGACAGAGACUAAGUGCAGCUAUAACCUAUGAUUGCAUACCAAAGUGCUAUUGCCAUGGUGAUUCAAAGGGUGUUUGUUCUGAGGUUACCCUGACACCAAGUUGGGCUCGGUCCUUUCCUCAGUCCCUGGUCAUCCUUAACAGUAUCAAGACCUCAUUCUUGUAAUGGGUCAAUCUCCUGAAAUCAUUCAAAUGAAAUCUGAAGUUGUAGUAUUGUUGAUUGCAAAAAGAGGAUACUGCUGAGCAUAAU